AUGGAGUUACCCACAUAUACCAAUAUACUUGUGCAGCUCAUACAAAGCAAUCACAUCGCCUUGGUGAAGCUUAAUAGGCCACAAUCGGGGAACUCGUUGCAACCACAACUGCUAUCCGAGUUGGGUUCUGCCUUGAAAGUGGUCAACAAUCACCCGGAACUGAAUAGGACCCUUAUCUUGUCGGAAAAGGUCAUAAUCGCCGCAGUUAAUGGUCCUGCUGUUGGCUAUAGCGUCAGCACUCCCGAAUUAUACGAUUUAGUCUAUUCCGUACCCGAUGCGUAUCUGUUCACGCCUUUUGUCAAACAGGGCAUGGCAACAGAAGGAGCAUCAAGUUUCUCGUUUCCCUUCCUUAUGGGCCACCAGAGGGCUGCCGCUCUCUUUCUCGCCGGAGAACGAAUCACGGCACAAGAAGCACGGGAUCUCGGGCUGAUCAAUAAGAUUUUCCCCAAGGAUACCUUCUUUCCAAGCGUGAUGGAGAUCGCUGAGAGUCUAUCACGGUCGCCUCCAGGAUCACUCAAAGCGACUAAAAGAUUGAUGAAGGAGCCGGUAUGGCUUUGGAGAGUACAAGGAAGCCGUCAACAAGUUUGA